UGUGAUUUCCUCAUUUUAUUUCCUUUAUUUUCUUUCUCCAUUUUGUUACCUUUUGCAUCGCCUGCACCCCUCUCGCAACCGGCCCUGAACAAAACGAUAUAUUGAUCAUCGAUUUUCCCUAUUGCGUCUUUUCUUCGUUGCAAUUAAUAACAUUGUAUCUGUCGUUCUUUAUGUUGGUCAUUUUACUAGUAAUCGCGUGGUUUUUUAUUGUAAUUAUUGUUACGGUGAUCAGCCUGUUUCGAUUAAUUAUGUCUCUUUUCUGAUACGGAUUACGAGCAAGUUUCAUUGAAUUUAAUUCGAUGAUUGAAUUCUAUUUCGCGAGAGGUAACCUCAGGACUGAUGUAACCUGUAAAAGCAUGGACCUAACAGGAAUUAUUAUAUGCACGAAGAAAAUGUUUAAAAAAGUUUUAAUGAAUGCAGAGGUUCAUUUUUUCGACUAGAUUUUCAGUUGCCAAUCCAAAUAAAAUGUUUCGUACUGGGCGUAAAAGGAAGAUUUAACUAAAACUUAAUACUCGAUGUUAAGAUUCUUAACAAUAAUCAAGUGGCUCUUUAUUUGUACCAUAACAUUCAAAUUGGCCAAUACGAAAGAACUGCAACGCUAUCAUGUACAUUUCACGCCAGAGGAAGACAUGUCCAAGAUGGAAGUACCCACCGAAUUCCACACAUUUAGCAACCAAACGUCUCUGAAAAUGUUGGAUGACAUCACGGCGAAAGUGUGGAAGAUCUUACCUGUGAUCGAUGUACCUAAAAGUUGGGUACUUGCUUAUUGCACGAAAAACACCGAAAUUACGGAACAGGUCGAGAAAGCAAGUAUGCAGUGUCAGCAUGAUGGGACUGACUGGGACUGCACGUUCAUCGAAUUGGGUGGAGGACAAGACGACUUUAACAUGGGAAAAAUAGUCUCCUUGAUUAACAGUAUUUCAAACCAGAAAUUAAGAUCAAAGUUACUUCGUGCCGCUGAAAUUUGUAGCAAGCUUUGGCAACGUUACAAAAGAGCUCAAGAUAGGAGAUUAACUCGUAUGCGAUUGAAUGUUCACGUAAGUCAAUGGAUAAUCAUUUCGUGUUUAAUCUCAUCCAUGCUCAAUUGUAACAGUGAUUAAGGUGUGAGGCGUUUAAUUUCAAAGCAGUUCUAAAUGAAGUAUUUAUUGUUACAUGUAGACAAGGAAUUAUAAUACUUCAAAAUAUUGUACAUUGGGUUUGUGUCAUGAUUUAAUA